AUGUGGCAGUGGUCCAGGACUAGGUCAGCGUCGAGGGGGUCAUCUGUGGCCAGUCCCCGGGGCACCCACAAACCUUCCUCUGUCGCCCCAGCCCCGCCACGCCCCACCUCCAGGCCGGGGUCACUUAACAGGUUUGGCUUCAAGUCUGGGUCAACUCGGGUCAAGCCAGGCGAUAGUACAGACAGUGUUAAUUCAAUCCUGAGUGACGCUCACACGGUAGAUUCCGACCACUGUGACCUUUGUGACCUACCUGCCGAUGAUGACCCAGGGCUAGGCAGAGGUCAAGGUCAAGGUCAGGGUCAGCCAGGUCACGUGUCCAGGUCAAAUCAGUCACUCGCCAAGUCAGAAUGUUCCAAAGAGUUUCAGUAUUCCAAGAUUCAAGAUUGCCAGACGUCGAAAGAUUCACGUUUUUUGGACCCCCAGGCUGACCGGUCCCCGCGGCCUGGCUCAGUGGGUGCCGGGGGUCUAGUCAGCACCUGUGGCAGCAAUUACAGUAGUGCCAAGUCAUCACCGAACCCCUCAGGCCGCAUUACCGCCACCACACGCCAGCUGCCAAAACCCCAAAUCGUGACUGUCAAAUCCGUCAACCCUCGAAGUUACUUACCGAAUUUUUCAACGCAGACAUUUCCGGACACUACAGGGCGCUUCAAGUCCCCCAGAGCGGCCCCACGUGUGUCCAGAGACUCGGAAAGCUCUUACAAGUCCACCACAGAGGCUGAUUCAGGGCUAGGAUCAUCAAGUGAGAGCGACAGAGUUCGAGAGGAAGCAGAAACAGGAGAGACGGGAGAAGCUGACACAGAUACCUUAGACUCAAACAACCUCGAAUUUCCUGAAGAUGUGUCUGAGUUAUGGCUGAGAGAGAAGCGAGGCAGUGUCCUUGAGUCUCGCAGUGGCCCAGCUCACACCACACUUGAGUUGGCUUUCCGAGGAUCUGGCAGCUUUGAAGUGAAGAGAAAGGGUCUAGAAGUUAAGGUAACUGGAGGAGGGGCGUUGAAGGGUGAGGAGAGUGCGUCUGUGUCCUCUGUGUCUAUCCUAGGCUCGCCGCCAGACAGGAAAGGCAAAGGAGGCGAGGAUGACCACCACCGCCACCUCCGCCACCACCGCCACACCGCCAACACCACAGACAAGCAAGGCAAGGUACAAUUGUCGGAAAGCAAAGUCAAUAUUGAGAAAUCGCCAACUAGUCAGACUAAGCUUAACUCGCGAACUAAAAGCACUACACCACCCAACCGCAGCCCACCACACACCACAGCCUCCAGGAGUCCACCGCACCACACACCGCCAAACCGCAGCCCACCACACACCACCACAUCAAGCAAAAGCCCACCGCAUCACUCACCACCACACAAAACACCAAGUCAUUCCCCACCACAUAGGAGUCCACCACACACCACCACCAUGCCACAUAAGACCCCAGCGCACCACAACACCACCAAAUUACCACCACAUAGAUCACCACCAAGCGCACACCAAAAACCACCACAGACACACACCGUUGGACUCGUCAAGACCCGCGUGGCGAUGCUGGAGACAACACCGACGGCCAAGAAGUCACCACCGCAACCACCAUCGCUUAGACGCACCCCUAGAAAACCAAUAACCCGGCCGACAUCCCUGGAGAAAUCACCGUCGCUCGUUAUACCAGUGACGGAACGGAACAUUGAGUUGAGCAAGCCAGUGUUCCGUAGGCUGGAAUACUGUGAGGGGAGUGCAGAGGAGCGCCACGACACCAGUAACACAAAAAUCGAGGACAUUCUAAUUGUAGGGUCAAUUGAGACGGAAAGUUUUAUCGACUGUGCAUCGGAGAAAGGUUCAGGUCAGAAAACCAUCGAGCGAGCCUUGAAAACGAGCCCUAGCGAUGACAAAAGCCAGUGUGACGUGACCAAGGCUUCACAGGACGCCAGGGAGAGGGAGAAGGUACUGAUGGAGAGCAGCAUGGAAGCCUCCUUGACCUCGGUUACUGACAAUUUGACCCCUGAUGACUCAAAACUCCUCACACCACAGUCAGAGUCCUCAUUUGAGAUCCUUGAGUCCUUGAGUGAAACCUUGGACUUGACACUGGAGGAACCCAUCAAGGAGGACCUGGAAGAGGGACUGUCCAUUUCUGAAUCCUCUUCCUCAAUGCCCUCUGAGAUCCCACCACCAAGGACGACCCCAGUGCAGAUGAACCGCUUCCAGAACGCGCAUGCACUCACUCACAAGGUCAUGAUAUCGCCAACAGACCGACGCAAACCACUCGGCCAGCUUCUCUCGGCGCUGAAAACCUCGCUAGACUCACGCUCGUCACUGGAAUCAUCAACAGAGUCGCAGAAAACGGAUGGGAUAGGCACUGACACGUCCUCUGCCCAUCCACCACUGGCACUCACAAACUCCUCCUCUGGGCCUUCUGGAACCUGCACACCGAUCUUGACCAGCGCUAGGGACCUUGAUCUUGACUUCCUGAUUGAUGAUGAAAUAGCAGACCAGCCCGGACUGACAUUUGGUGGAGAAGGAGGAGCUGGUCUGACUUCCUCCUUCUUCGGGGAUGAUGAAUUAGAGGAACUAGUGGCGGCUGUUGCUUGUUCAGGGUCCCCCACGCAUCACUCCCUGCCUGCAGCGGCGGCGGCGGCUGGGGAGGCGGCUGAAACACACAGGCGGACACGGACAGAUAGUUUGGAUACAACGUCAUCGAGUCUAGCGGGUGACGACCUCAUGCUGGAUUACGACGCCCAUGAGUCUGUAAUGGCCGCUGGAUACGAUGAGGAAGUAAUGAGUCCAGACGCGAGUGAAAUAUUCAGCGAGUGGACAGCAAUGAUGGCGGAAAUGGGUGGCAGUGAGAGAUGCGCGUCACGGGAGGGCAGCAGCAGCAGCAGCGUUGGAGGAGGAGGAGGAGGAGGAGGAAGACUGCAGCGUCCUAGACAAGGUUCUCUCUCCGACCUGGUCACGUCAGAUGCGCGCCGCCCCCCUAUGGUUCUCCGCCCCCCGCGCCAGGGCAGCGUGAGUGAGAGUGAGGGCAGCUGUGGCAGUGUGGGCGGGGGGGGCAGUGGCGGAGGGGGGGUGUUCCUGGACCGAACCUCCUACCAUUAUAUGUACCAGGAUGUCACCUCCCUUAAGACCAUGCUGCUGCGGCUCAGGAGGGUUUUGCAGGCCACCGACACCAUUAACCCAUUCGACGCUAACCUCAGGAACUCCCUGUACUUAAGUCUGGCGAGCAGUGAGUCACCAGGACUUAAUGGUGACAAGGACUGCCUCACACCUUCACCAGCCCAGAUCUGCCAGGAGAAUGUCGACUUGAGGAGACAGGUGGUCUUACUACAACAACAAUUGGAAGACAAGGACAGAACUAUUCGACUACUCCAGCAACAACUAUCUCAGAGCCUCACCUUAACCACCGUCACGCCAGCACCUACCACCAACACCACCACCACCACCACCGCCGCCGCCGCCGCCACAGCCACAGUCAACGCAGCCACACAGACGGACAGACUGACGCGAGGGGCCCCCCUAAGCGCUAGUCUGUCUCGCGCUGCCUCUAUUGAUGAUGGUUUGGGGCCCACUGUGAGUUCUGAGAUCGACUGGGAGAGAGGUCGUGGUAGGUCAGCCUCCAGUCCUGCCCAGCCCCACAGAGCAACCAGCCAGCCCCCCACCCCCAUGCGGUCUUGCCCUGCCCCUCACCACUGAUGGCACAAGAUACUAGGUCAAACUAAGGUCAAAUCGAGGUCAAACUGAGGUCAAGAAGUCAAAGAAGCAGAAAGGUCAGCCAGAACGUUUGUGAUUGGUCGAUAUUAGCAGAGGUCACCCAGGAGCCUUACUAUUGGUCAGUUUCAAGUGCUGGUCAUGUGUGCCAUUCCCAGUGAUCCAAGAUGACCCAGCCUGACCUUACCUGACCCUGCUUGACCCACAGACUUCACAGGAGGGUCAAAGUCUAUCUAGCUCAUGGUGUUGAUUAUAAACGCAGAAAUUAUGUUGUGACGUGUGUGUGUGUGUGUGUGUGUGUGUGUGUGUGUGUGUGUGUGUGUGUGUGAAUUCCAAGUUGUAAAGUGAUGGGUUGUAAAAAUUAAGCCAGAAAUUCAAGCUAAGAGGAUCGGCUGAAAAAUCUAAGCCAAAAGAUCACCGACUGAAAAUUUUAACCAAGAAACCAAAGAUGAAAUUUGAUUGGCUAAAAAAAUUGCUGGAUGAAAAAUUAAGCCAGAAUUUUAAGUCAAAAGAUCACUGGCUAGAAAUGUAAGAGAUCAUUUAAUCAGCUGAAAAUUACAAGCUGGAAAAAUUAAGAAAACAAGCUCAUUAGCUGAAAAAUUAAACCAACAGAACUUAAGAAUAAAAUUAGCUGAAAAUUGCUUGAAGAUUGGCUGAAAAUUGCAAGAGAGAGAGAGAGAGAGAGAUAGAGAACUGGCAGAUAUAUUAAGCCAGAAGAAGAGAAAACUGACUGAUAUUUUAAGUUGAUAGAAAGAGAACUUGAAAACUGGCUGAUAUUUUAAGCUGAUAGAGAGAGAACUUGAAAACUGGCUGAUAUUUUAAGCUGCAAAACUCGACAGGUUGUAAUAUAGGCCAGUAACAUUACAAGGGCACUGUACGAGGGAAGAUGUCGCUGAUUUGAGAGAGAGAGAGACAGAGAGAUGAGAGAAA